AUGAGAGCACCGGGUGUGUUGUUUCUGCUUCUGACUGCUGUCUGGAGGAUAAGUUUAGGGAACAGGAGUGAAUGUCCGGAUCUGACAGUGGAGAGCUGUGAGUGUGCAGCAGAGAGGUCCGGGUCGCUGACCCGCCGCACCGCGCACGUUACCGUCACCUGCCAUCAUUUAGAUCUUACUGAUCUACUGGAUCCACGCGGUUUACCCUCCACCACCACAUCACUUAUUCUCAGCAGUAACAAAAUUUCCAUGGUUAAAAACGGCUCUUUCUACGGCUUACGCUCUCUGGAGAGACUGGAUCUGAGGAAUAAUUUGAUUAGUACAGUGGAGCCCGGAGCAUUUCGUGGACUUACUAUGCUGAAAAGGCUGGAUUUGUCCAACAACCGUAUUGGAUGUCUCUUCCCCGAGAUAUUUAUUGACCUUGGCAAUCUCUCCAAACUAAAUUUAUCAGGGAAUAUCUUCUCCACAUUGCCUGACGGACUGUUUGUACACUUGUCUUCACUAAGAGUUCUUCACUUUAGUACAGAUUACCUGUACUGUGACUGUCAGCUGCAGUGGUUGUUGCUGUGGACCAGAGGUAGAUCAGUACAUGUAGGAAAUGAGACGGUGUGUGUUUAUCCCUCUUUCCUUCACGGCCUCCCCCUCCGCACCCUCCAAGAACAUCAGCUCAGCUGCGAUGCUCGCUUGGAGUUGCCUCAGCAUCAGCUGAUCCCGUCCCAGAGGCAGCUAGUGUUCAGGGGUGACCGGUUACCUUUGCAAUGCACCGCCUCCUACCUGGACCCGACCAUCAACCUGAGCUGGACUCAUGAGCAGAGACCCGUACACACACAUGAAGAAAGAGGAGUGUAUGUGGAAGAGAGCAUCAUCCACGACUGCUGCCUCAUCACCAGUGAACUAAUCCUCUCCAACGUGGACGCUGAUGUAUCUGGUAAUUGGCAGUGCCACGUGACCAGUUCCCGUGGCAACAGCUCCAUUGGCAUGGAGAUUGUGGUUUUGCAGACGUCUGCUCUGUACUGUUCGGCUGAGAGGGUGACCGGCAACAAAGGUGACUUCAGGUGGCCUAAAACCCAGGCUGGCUUUAUGGCUUUCCUCCCCUGUUCCACAGCGUACUAUGGGUCCAUCUCUCAUGAGAAAAGGGCAUGGCGCCGGUGUGAUAAGCACGGCCGGUGGGCAGAGGACGACUACAAUCAGUGCCCAUAUACAAACAAGUUUACCCGCCUUCUGCAUGAAUUGACAAAGCUACCAGUAAACACAUCCAACGCUCUGCCCCUGGCACACCAGCUCUCCUCUCUGACCAGUAAUGCAGCUCUGUUUGGAGACAUGAUGGAUGUCAUCUUCGUCACGCACCUUGUAGAGAGAAUCACGCGUCUUGUAGAUCGCAUCCGAGAAUUAGGGAGCUAUGUCUCAGACAUUGCCAGCAAGAUGAUGGAGGUGGAGGAGCACAUCCUGUGGAUGGCUCAAAACGAAGCACGUGCCUGCACUCGUAUUGUACAGUGUGUUGAGUGCAUUGCAGAUCUCACCUUUAACACAAACACCCAGAAUAUCUCAAAGGUCUCUCCCAACAUAGCCAUCAAGACCUUCAUGCUCCGACCCUCGAGUGUGACGGGGGUGUUGUGUACAGUGGUAGCUGACCCAGGUCAGGACACGGUCGCCAGUGUUUCUGCGGCUUCAGGAUCGCUGGAUGAAACUUUCCUUAAUUUUAAAUGCCACACAGCUAACGUGACAGUAUCGCCCAACAGCCAGCUCAGUCAGAUCGCAGUGGCUGUCGCCUCCAUUCAUUUACCGCUGGCUGGCUCAGCGCGCGCCUCCGCCUCGCGAUCUGUUGACAACUCGACUUGCAGGCUGCAUCUGAUUGCGUUUCGCAAUGGGAAACUCUUCCCAUGUACUGGGAAUUCAUCCAGCCUGGCUGACGACGGCAAACGAAAGAGCGUGGCCACCCCGGUCGUUUUCGUCAAAUUAGAUGGAUGUGGUCUCGGGAGCACCGUUCACCCCGUCACUAUAGCCCUAAGACAUCUGGCUCUGGGCGCCGACCCCACCGCAGCCUACUGGGAUUUUGACCUGCUGGAUGGGCACGGAGGCUGGCGUGCAGAGGGCUGCCACAUAACAGGCACUGCGGGCAACACCACCACCAUCCACUGCACGCAGCAUAGAAACUUCGCUGUGCUAAUGGAUCUGAAGAAGGCGCUGUCGUUCCCCCCAUACCCGGGGGAGUUCCUGCACCCAGUCGUGUAUGCCUGUACCGCUGUCAUGCUGCUCUGCCUUUUCGCUUCCAUCAUCACAUACAUAGUGCAUCACAGUACAAUCCGGAUCAGCCAGAAAGGAUGGCACAUGCUUCUGAACUUCUGUUUCCACACAGCUCUGACAUUCGCUGUGUUCGCUGGAGGCAUCAACCGCAUCAAAUACCCAAUCCUCUGCCAGGCGGUUGGAGUAAUACUUCAUUACUCAUCCCUCUCCACGAUGCUGUGGUUGGGAUUCACAGCUCGGAACAUCUACAAACAGGUGACCAAGAAACCCCCCAAACCUCAGGACGGAGAUACACCUCCUCACCCACCAAGAUCUCCCAUGCUGAGGUUUUAUUUAGUCUGUGGAGGAAUUCCUUUCAUUAUCUGUGGCAUCACAGCUGCCAUCAACCUGGAAAAUUAUGGCAGUGGAGAGCAGACUCCAUACUGCUGGAUGGCAUGGGAGCCCAGUCUUGGCGCUUUCUACGGACCUGUGACUUUCAUCGUCCUGGUAACAUGUGUCUACUUUCUUUGCACCUUCAUCCAGUUGUGCAAACACCCAGAGAGGAAGUAUGAGCUGAAGGUGCUUUCAGAGGAACAGCAGAGACUUUCUGUUGCUGACGUUUCCCACUGCCACCAUCAGAAUGAGCCUGGCAUUCCGGAGGGUGACGGAGGCCGCUGCCAUGCAGGGUGCCCUGGUUUGAUAAAUCCAGCUUUGCUUGCGAAUGAGCAUUCAUUUAAGGCCCAGCUGAGGAGUGCUGCAUUCACACUGUUUCUGUUCAUAGCCACAUGGACUUUUGGAGCUCUUGCUGUUUCUCAGGCUCAUUUUCUGGAUAUGAUUUUUAGCUGCCUGUAUGGGGCAUUCUCGGUCACGCUCGGUCUAUUCGUGCUUAUUCACCACUGUGCAAAGCGUGACGACGUCUGGCACUGCUGGUGCACUUGUUGUCGACGCCGCCGUGCCAAUGCUUGCCAAGGACACGACCACAGACGCUCUAAAGUCAACGUGAAUGGGGAUGUGCACAGGCAUGGGCAUGAGCACUGCCACCUGGACUCGCCUUGUACAGGAAAAUCUGUCAGCCACUCACACGGGCUGUGUAAGCUCAGUAACAUGCAGGCGCAAAACCAUGUGACCUGCCUAACACCUGUGACCCCAUGUUGCUCCAGUCUUCACACCCAGCAACUUCUGGAGGACAGGUCCGUGCUUCUGCAUCGCUGCCUGAAACCAGGCAGGACUAUUGGGCGCAAACGUGCAUCACCAGUGGGUGACAGAGAGUUGACUUUUCAUCUCCCAGCCGGCACCGAAGCUGGCAGUGGACACAGCUCGCCUACAGACAGCCCACAAAGCACUUGUCAACGCCAGGGUCACAUCUGCCACCUAGCGAAGGAGGAGCACCAGGAUUGGCACCACUCGCGCUGUGACACAUGCCACGCCGCGCUCUGCAACCGGCACACGUGCUGCACCAAGGUGGAUUUCCUGCCUUCACCCCUGUGCCACACGGAGAGCAGGGAGCCGGAAAAGCUCCUCUGUGGCUGUGGGAAAAUAGCCGAUGAUGAGAUUGCAGUUCCUUGUCAUGGGCACAUUGAGCUGCACCCACGCAGACAGUCCUUCCCACAGUGCGUGCCCAGCCAGAACGGGCUUCUCAAAGGGAGCAGGGCUGAAGGGAACCUGUACGCGUCAGACAGCACAGGAAAUAUACGCACCGGACCCUGGAAGAAUGAAACUACCGUGUAG